CAACCAAAAUCCCCCCCGCCCCCCCACAAAACACACAAUGGCAGUUCACAUCAACAACUCCAACAUACCCAUUUUCAACACUUCCAAUCUCACAACCCAAAACCCAUCUUCAAAGUCAUCAUCUUUUUUAUCUUUUGGAUCCAACUUCAAAAACCCAUUAAAAAACAAUAAUAACAAUAAUUAUACCUCUGUUUCUUGUAAUGUGAAAAACAACAAAAACCCAUUUAAAGUAUCAGCUUUCUCUGCCACUUCCACCAAAGAGAAGCCAUCUAAAGCUCCAGAAGAAAUUGUGUUGAAACCCAUUCAAGAAAUUUCGGGUACGGUCCAUUUACCCGGAUCCAAGUCUUUGUCUAAUCGGAUCCUCCUUCUUGCUGCCCUGUCUGAGGGGACUACUGUUGUAGACAACUUGUUAAACAGUGAUGAUGUUCAUUACAUGCUUGGAGCUUUAAGAGCUCUAGGGUUAAAUGUUGAAGAAAAUAGUGCAAUUAAAAGAGCAAUCGUAGAAGGUUGUGGUGGUGUAUUUCCCGUGGGUAAAGAAGCCAAGGAUGAAAUCCAGCUUUUUCUUGGAAAUGCAGGAACAGCUAUGCGUCCAUUGACUGCUGCCGUUACUGCUGCCGGUGGAAACUCAAGCUACAUACUAGAUGGUGUUCCUCGAAUGAGGGAGAGGCCAAUUGGUGAUCUGGUCACCGGUCUAAAACAGCUUGGUGCAAAUGUUGAUUGUUCUCUCGGUACAAACUGCCCACCGGUUCGUGUAGUUGGAAGUGGAGGCCUUCCUGGUGGAAAGGUGAAAUUGUCAGGAUCUAUAAGUAGCCAAUACUUGACUUCUUUGCUUAUGGCGGCUCCUCUUGCACUGGGAGACGUAGAGAUAGAAAUUGUAGAUAAAUUGAUCUCUGUACCAUAUGUGGAGAUGACACUUAAGUUGAUGGAGCGGUUUGGGGUUUCAGUAGAACACAGUGAUACUUGGGACAGAUUCCAUGUCCGAGGCGGUCAAAAGUACAAGUCACCUGGAAAUGCUUAUGUGGAAGGUGAUGCUUCAAGUGCGAGUUACUUCUUAGCUGGUGCUGCCAUCACUGGCGGAACUGUCACCGUGGAAGGUUGCGGGACAAGCAGUUUACAGGGUGAUGUAAAAUUUGCUGAGGUCCUUGGACAAAUGGGUGCUGAAGUAACCUGGACAGAGAACUCUGUCACGGUGAAGGGUCCGCCAAGGAAUUCUUCCGGAAGGGGACACUUGCGUCCAGUAGAUGUGAACAUGAACAAAAUGCCGGAUGUUGCGAUGACUCUUGCUGUGGUUGCCCUUUAUGCUGAUGGCCCCACUGCCAUUAGAGACGUGGCUAGCUGGAGAGUAAAAGAAACGGAAAGGAUGAUUGCCAUCUGCACAGAACUAAGAAAGUUGGGAGCAACAGUCGAAGAAGGUCCAGAUUAUUGUGUGAUCACUCCACCAGAGAAAUUGAAUGUGACAGCAAUCGACACAUACGAUGAUCACAGAAUGGCCAUGGCUUUCUCGCUUGCCGCCUGUGCAGAGGUUCCUGUCACCAUUAAGGACCCGGGUUGCACCCGUAAGACCUUCCCCGACUACUUUGAAGUUCUUGAAAGAUACACUAAGCAUUAAAUCACAUAUAAGAUGUUCAGAAAGAAAGGGGUUAGAGGUUUUAAAAUGACACCUUUACCCUUCAGUCCUUCACCAUUAUCUUUCUUCAGAAAUGUUUCACUUACAGAGUUACAUCAUAUGUAUAUGGGCGACCUGAGCGUAUUUUAUCUUUUCUUUUCGGUGAGUUUGUAGUUUUUGUUGAGGUGGAAUAAGUAUUAUCUUGAAUAUUUAUGCUAAAUUUGGUUAGCAAUGUAUUAUUUUUGAUGCAUAAUGUAUUUGUUAUAUUAUAAUGAAAAGUGUUUUUGAAUA